AUGAUAAUCUACAAGGAUAUUGUCAUUGAUACUCGUGACGAAUUAUUAUCGGAUAGUUUUAUCAUUAAGGAGAUCGACGGUAUUAUAUACGAAGCUGACUGCAUCAUGAUAGACACUGACGAAGACGACUAUGCUAGGAAGGUCCUGAUGUCACUCCAGACAAGGAAUACUCCCAACGAAGAAGUUAUUAUCUUCAAGAAGGGAGUACAAGCUCACACCAGGAGAAUUCUCAACAACUUUAACGAUUGGGAGUUCUACACCGGUGAAUCUAUGGAUGUGGAUGGCAUGGUCGUUUUGCUUAGCUGCCGCGAGGACGGUAUUACCCCUUUUAUUACGUACUGGAAGCAUGGUCUUGAGGAGAUGAAGGUCUAA